AUGGCCGCUGCCCAAGUUCAAUACGAUGAAGCAAAGUCAGGCUGGCUUCAGGCCAUCAAAGAAGCCCAGAAACAAAAGGAUGAGGCCAGAUCCGCUUACGACAGCGAGAAGUCUGAUGGCUUGACGAAUGAUUCAUUCUCGCAGUGGGUCGCCAUGAACUACCCUGCUUUUAGUGUCGCUUACAACUACUACCGAGCAGCCGAAGCCCGGUACAUGGCUGCUUUCGCAAACGUGGACGGCCCAGGACAGCGAGAGUGGCAGCAAAAGAGGCAGCAAGAGUUAGCCCCAAUUUUGGCUACGGGUGGCGAUGAAAGCCAAUUCAUCAUCUACACCGGCGAGGAGUAA